AUGAAGGCUAUGAGCAUGAUCAUGAUCAUUCAACAUCAUCCCAUGCAUCACAUGGACCCUGCACUAAAUGUUUUCUUCACCCCAAAAGAUCUGAAGCUAGGGAAAACCAUGCCCAUAUACUUUUCCAAAAAUGACCCUUCUACAUCUCCUAGAAUAUUGCCUAGAGAAGAAGCUGCUUCCAUUCCUUUCUCAAUCUCAAAACUCCCCUACAUUCUUGAAUUUUUCUCCUUCACCCAAGACUCUCCCCAAGCCAAGGCCAUUGAAUUCACAUUGACCCAAUGUGAGCUUGAACCCAUCAAAGUAGAGGCCAAGUUUUGUGCUGCCUCCAUAGAAUCCAUGCUUGAUCUUGUAGGUGCACUCUUUGGAUCAAGCACCAAGUUCAAGGUCUUAACCACAACGCAACAUAAAAAAUUAACUACCCUUUUGCAAAACUACACCGUUUUGGAAGCUCUCAAGGAAAUCUUGGCUCCUAAAAUGAUUGGAUGCCACACCAUGCCUUACCCUUAUGCAGUUUUCUAUUGCCAUAGCCAAGAAAGUGAGAAUAGGAUAUAUCAAGUUUUGCUUGGCUGUGAGAAUGGAGAGAGAGUUGAAGCUGCUGCUGUUUGCCACUUUGAUACUUCUAAGUGUGACCAUUGGCGGACCCAGGAAUUUUUUAGCGGAUGUGCAAUUUUGAAAGGCUAA